UCUCUUCCCUGCUCGGAAAAUCAUCAAAAUGGCCGCAAUUAAAAGAGAUUUACCCUCUCUGGAUAGGUUUUUCUCGACGGAUAUGGAGAAUUUACAUGCAAACGAUUCAAGCCAUGGCUCUAAUCUACUAAAGGGACUUUUGACCAUGUACAAAGAUGGCAGAUAUUCUGAUGUUACUUUGAAGAUCAGUCAAGACCGAAGACUUUCAGUUCAUCGUGUUGUUCUGGCCUCUUUCAGUCCUUACUUUGAAGCCUUGUUUGGAAAUAAUUGGGACGAUGGAGAGAAAAAAGAGGUAGAAGUUCUUGGUUUUGACGUGAAUGCUGUUAGCGAUUUGAUCGAGUUCGCAUAUUCGGGCAAAAUUGACAUCAACAAAGACAAUGUACAAACUUUGCUUGAGGCAUCCAAUUAUUUGCAGGUGGAGUUUGUCAAGCAAUCGUGCGGAGAAUUUCUGAAAGGUGCAAUCGAUGAUAAAACUUGUCUUAGCAUCUGGCAUCUUGCUGAUACGUUCACGCUGGAAGAGCUAAUGAAGGAGGCCAAAAAGCACUUCUUGCUUCACUUUACUGAAGUCACUCGGGGGAAGGAAUUUUUGUCCCUUCCAGUUGGUUUCCUGAAAGAGAUUCUUACUGAUGAAGGUAUCUGCGUGGUCAUCGAGAGCCUGAUUCCGUCCAAAGAGGAAAGGGAAAAAGUCGUUUUGGAAGCUGUUUUCAAGUAUGUUGAACAUGAUACCAGCAACCGAACAAAAAUUAUUCCAAAAUUGUUAUCUCUGGUACGACUCCCAACCUUAUCAGAGUCUUAUCUGAAAGAAAUCUCAGAACACCAACUUAUUGCAGACUCCAGCAGAGAUAUCAUUUCAAAGGCUCAGAAACUGCAAAUUGAUCCCCCUGAGAAAGAUUCACCGGAUGUGAGGUGGGCGACCACUAGGGCAUUUGCCAAACCAGCCGUCAGUUGGGGGCAUUCCUUCGCUAAUGGUGGCCAGGUACAUCCUGAAAUAUCACAUCACAGCAACAAAGAGGCUGCUGAAGAUCUUGGUAAUGAUGUGUUCAUAAAGGGAAUGGAACUGUGGAUUCGACGCUGGGAUGGGAGACCUGUUCUGGGAGGACUGAAGAUUUUUUAUUCUUGUGAUGGUGACCAUGAGAUUAUGAUGGGAAGCAGCUCUGAUCAGAACGAACACCAUGAAUUUCACCUGGAAAGCAAUGAGAGGAUUGUCAAAGUUGAUGUUAAUUCUGGAUGGAUGAUUGACCGCCUCUCCUUUUACACCAACAAGAAAGAUGAAAAUGGGGAUCCUAAAUGCUAUGGUCCUUAUGGGGGAGAUGGUGGAGGAUUCUACGCUGAGACUCCACCAGGGUCAUACGGCUUCCUGGCAGGAGUUGGUGUCGCUGUUGUUAGCUCACAAGGUGAAGAAGGUAUCACCAGACUUCAAUUUGCAUGGAGAACCUAUGUACUACCUGGUGACUCAGAACCUGAGAAAAGCAGAUGCAAAGUUAACGAUGGCUUCUAUGAUGAUGAUGGGGAGAGCUAUGAGUAUGAUGAGUAUGAUGAUUAUGAUGAAGAGGACGAUUUUGAUGAGUAUGAAGAUCUUGAGCAUUAUGAGGACUUUGAUGAUAUUAUGAAUCAGGACGGUGGAAUAGAACCAUGGCUGUUUGAGCCACAUGCCUGAGAUUAUGGUAUUAAGACUCAUGUGUUCUAUGUGAUACUUGAGAAGGACAUUUUAAAGGCAUCAUUAUCAUUGGAUGUACUAAAAGUGGUUUAAAUUCCUAGUUAAUUAGACACUAAGUUAUUUUUGUCAGCCCCUUUGUUGGAGGGCAUUCAUUUCAGCUCGAACUUGCUCUUUACAUCCUCUUUAAAAAACCAUUUGUGUUCUAUAAAAUUAUCAGGAUCACAUUCAUUUGUCUUAUAAUCUGACAUCAGUGAUGGAUUCAGACCUUGAGUCAAAAGCUAGCCCCCCACAGAAUGUUUGGUUUGUUUUUGGUGUGGAAGCAAAUAUUCAUUUUGGCUCUACAAUGCAGGCCUUGGUCACUAAGUUUAUAAGUCAGUAAGAAAGCUCUGAUCCUGAAUAUUAUUCUGCCUCUCAGCAGUAGUGGGAAGAGUACAAAAGCAAGGAAUUCAUGCAAAAUAAUGAUUAAGAAUCAAUUAAAACGUAUGUGUUCAAUUCA